AUGUCGAUUCCUCAAAGUGGUGAGAUUGAUGGGUUGGUGAUUCCCAACAAUUGUUGUGCCAAGAAACGUGAGAAAAUCAUUAUUGAUACGGAUCCUGGCAUUGAUGAUAGCAUGGCAAUAUUAAUGGCAUUCCAAUCUCCAGAGUUAGAGAUUUUAGGAUUAACAACGAUAUUCGGUAAUGUUGCUACAGAAGAUGCCACGAGCAAUGCCUUGCUUUUGUGCGAGAUUGCUGGAUGUCCAGAUGUUCCUGUGGCUGAGGGUAGUCAUGAACCUUUAAAGGGAGAGAAACCACGUAUUGCGGACUUUGUUCACGGUUCAGAUGGAUUAGGUAACACAUAUUUACCUCCCUCCAAGUCAAAGAAAUCUGAGAAAACUGCAUCCGAGUUUUUGGUCGAUAAAGUUUCUGAAUAUCCUGGUGAAGUCUCUAUACUUGCUUUGGGACCUCUGACGAAUUUGGCACUAGCUGUAAAGAGAGACUCGUCUUUUGCAAGCAAGGUCAAGAGAGUGGUGAUACUUGGUGGAGCUUUCUUUGCAUUGGGAAAUGUUAAUCCUGCUGCUGAAGCAAAUAUCUAUGGGGACCCAGAAGCAGCAGAUAUUGUGUUCACUUCCGGGGCAAAUAUUGAUGUUGUUGGAAUAAAUAUUACCACACAAGUCAAGUUUACAGACGCGGACCUAGAUGAAUUAAGGCAGUCAAAAGGCAGGCAUGCUCAGUUAAUAUGUGAUAUGUGCAAAUUUUACCGGGACUGGCACGUGAAAUCUGAUGGCGUCUAUGGAAUUUUUCUUCACGAUCCUGUUAGUUUUGUGCUUCUUGUCCGCCCUGAUCUCUUCACAUUCAAGAAAGGAGUUGUAAGAGUUGAGACACAGGGCAUUUGUGUGGGCCAUACGCUGAUGGACCAAGGACUAAAGAAUUGGAAUUCAAGCAACCCAAGGUCAACCUUUUCACCUGUAUCAGAAGCAUGGACAGUUAACGUGGAAGAAGUUUUGGAAUUCAAGCAACCCAUGGUCAGACUUUUCACCUGUUUCAGUAGCAUGGACAGUUAA